AGUCCUCGGCUGAGAACGAGGAGAACUUCUCCGGGCAGCGAGCCGGUCAGCACCGCGGACAGAGGCACCCAGCAACCGCGCCAUUGACCUUCCUGCUUCCCUUGCGCCCGCCGGUUGCCCAAGACUCGCGCCAUGACCGCGGAGGCUUACCUGCAAGAAGCGACGGUCUCGGCAAGCCAGUUUUUCGCGAUCUGGCGCCAUUACGACGCUGACGGCAAUGGAUACAUGGAUGGAAACGAACUGCAGGGUUUUAUCCAAGAACUGCAGCAGGCACGGCAGAAAGCUGGCUUGGGCUUAACCCCAGAAAUGAAAACUUUUGUGGACCAUUUUUCAAAGUGUUCUGAUGGAAAAAUAGGAAUUGUAGAGCUUGCUCAGAUACUGCCAACAGAAGAAAACUUCCUAUUAUUCUUUAGAUGCCAGCAACUGAAGUCUAGUGAAGAUUUCAUGCAGACGUGGCGAAAGUAUGAUAGUGACCAUAGUGGAUAUAUUGAUGCUGAAGAGCUUAAGAACUUUUUGAAAGAUUUACUGCAGAAAGCAAACAAACAGAUUGAUGAUUCAAAACUAUCAGAAUACACAGACAUUAUGCUCAAGAUGUUUGACGAAAACCAUGAUGGAAAGCUGGAACUGACAGAAAUGGCCCGGUUAUUGCCAGUACAGGAAAACUUUCUCCUUAAAUUUCAGGGUAUUAAAAUGUGUGGAAAAGAAUUUAAUAAAGUUUUCGAUACAUUUGAUUCAGAUGGGAAUGGCUACAUCGAUGAACAGGAAUUAGAUGCUCUGCUAAAAGAUCUCUGUGAAAAGAAUAAAAAGGAAUUAGAUAUCAAUAAUCUUGCAACCUACAAGAAGAACAUUAUGGCCUUGUCUGAUGGAGGAAAACUUUACAGAACAGAACUUGCUCUCAUCCUCUGCGCUGGGGAAAAUUAAGAGUCCUCCUCUCAUUUCCACUCCAGCUAGUAAUAUAUUGUAUCUUAAAAAACAAAAAAACCCCACAAAAUUAACUGUGCAUUAUAAGAGAGUAGGCUUUAUUUCUUUUAUACUUUGUAAAUUUAAAAUCGCAUAUAGAUAAUUAGCCAGCUUAUGUGGCACAUUCUUUUCAGCUUGUUUCUACUAUGUUCGUAAUGUACAGCUUUUGUAACUAAAGAGGAUGUCUUAAAUUACCCCGGGCCAGUCUGUCAAUGCAUUUACCAAUAAACAUCGCUUUGUUUCUGUGAGACAUGGGAAAAGGUUUUAAGAGCACAGCUGAGAUUGGCAUCGGCUAGGUCUCCAUUAAGCAAAUAGAUUUUCGACAAUGUCAGAAAGAAACACACAUUCAAAAACAGUUUAGGAUGAGGGUGGACUUUUUUAUUUUUUCCUUCCUUUUCUUCUAAAGGAAUGUAGGACCUGGAUAAGAGGGAGGCUGUUGGGAUCCACCAGAAUCGUUUGGUGGCUUCAUCUUCUAGAAAGUGAUGGUCAGCCUUUUUGUCAAGUGUACUAUGUCAAUCAGUCCAAAAAGACUAGUCACCUCUUUCUAGCACAUGGGUGUCCAACCUGUUGCCGUCACAUGACUUUUUUUCCCUUUGCGGAGCUGGGGUGAGUGUGGCCUGUGCAUGACACAUCUGGACCGUGGGCUGCCAGUUUUGACACCCUUGUUCUAGGAGAUAUCCCAUAUCUAAAUAUACCUGAAACCACUGAGAAAUGUUUUAAGAAGUUCAUUAUUAGCAAACCAGUUUCAGUCGAGAAAGGAUUUGGGCAUAGACACAUCAGCAGUGCAUUAGUUUACUAUGAUCACGUCAACUUCCAAUAUGUUAUAAAUGUCUUGCUCUCCAGCUUCCUUAAAUUCACUACCAAGGUCAAGAGAGGCUCUGGAUGUGAAGGUGCUGAACUUCCUGAGUUAUUAAGCUUCCUUGUUGCCUGGCAAGAACAACAUUGUAUUUUUACUGGACAAAUGGCAUAUUUCUAAUCAGUUAAAAAUCAAUACACAAAUUUGCCUCAUAUUUUACUUUCAAUCUUUAGCAUUUGUAAAUGCUGUUAUGUCAGAGAAUGUCAGUCCAUUUUUCUAAAACUAUUUCCAUAUUUUGCAUAACUCUUGCAAACUGCUGUUUUUACAUCAUUCUGUGUAAUCUAUAAUUAAAUUUAAUAUGCUAAUAUACAAGUACACAAUUUGUUUGAUAUUCUGUUUUAUCACAGAUAAUUAAUAAAGGAUACACAAUCACAUGGAUCAAUUGACAACCCAGCUAAUUUUCCAAUUUAGCAAAUCGUCCAAUUUCCACAAGAAAUAGUCAAUUUAUCUCCUAAUUUUUAUAAACGGUUGAGGCAUAUUCAGUGCAAAUAAAAUUGCUUUAUCAUCCAUGUACUGUACCUAACCUAGAAAUGACUGAAGGAGCACAGAAAACCAUGUGUCUGACUCAUACCUACAUCACAAUUCCAUUUAAUUAUUUUGGGUAGGAUUUUGUCAUUUAGUUGUAACAAUCCAAUAAUCCACCUGUUUACUGCAAAAGGAAACUAUAGAAGCUGACUCUCAAUCGUAUCAAUUCAAAAGGCAUUAUAUAAAACAUUUAAAAUAUUGUUUAUCAAAUCUUCAUACAUUCAUUUAUUUUAAUUGGUUUUGGGGAACUAUUUCAUUGGGCUGAAAUUUAUUCACUGCUUUCAAUCAGAUCUACAUAACUUCCAAACAAAUGUGAUAAUAUUCCCAAGUCUAUUAAAUUUAACUUGUGAUGCAUCUAUUUUAUUACUGUAUGUUUUCUUGAUCAAUCUAUCCCUUUAUAUUUUCAAAGUUACUUAAUAUAAGGCUGCAAUUUUUCCUACCAUAUGACUAGAAUGUACAUUUCACUGAUACAAAUGAGAUCCAACUAGCAAGUGCUUGUAUGUUUUUUUUAAAUUUGUACUACCAUUAUGAGUGUUUCUUCAUCAGAAAAGUUACUGCAUCAAGGUUACUGCUUAAUCAGGUCUUAAUUCUACUGCAGGUAUUAACCAUUUAAACAAUGGUAACUUGUAUGGGCUGUUAUAUAUCAAAGGAUUUGCAUACUAUUUCAGUAGUAGGCAGCUUCAUAUGGUUAUGGGACUGUUUAAUUAUUAGCAUUUAGGAAUACUAUGAAGAGAUAAAGUUACAGUGAAAUCAUUUAGCUAACUGGAAAUUAUAUCAUAACAUCAAUAAGUCACUUGAUAUAUAAUUAUGGCUUUUGAAAAAGCUCGUCUUACAGGAUAUUCCUUUUAUUUACCAUGGUAGGUAUUUAUUCAUACAGGAUCAAUACUCCUAUUGAUCAAAAUAUCAAUCUUGAGUGACUCAAAUAUUACUCAAGAUGAACCUAUAAUUAAGCAUCUAAAUAUACAUGCCCUAAUUUUUGUUAAUACUGUGUGGCUACAAAGCCCAUGGCAUUUAAUAAGAACAGCUGCUGUGAAUCUUCAGAAAUUAGGCCAAUGAAUAUUAAUUACCAAUUCAUAUUAGUAUAUUUUAUGAUAAAGCACAAGGGUGCAUGCUAUAUUUUGCUGGAUGUUCCCUCCCAACUCUUUACACGAAAGAAAAAAUAUCUUUAUUCUAUGAAUGUGAUUACUUCAAAGUGGAGUUGAAAAUGUAAAGGUAACAGUGAUACAUUGUAUACCCUGAGAUUUGGUAUCAUCUCUCUAAUCUUUUUCAACUGCACUGCUUUUCUUGGGUGUCAAAUAACUUUCAUAAAUUCUUUCAUAUUCAUAAAAGAAAAUAAAUUAUGUACUCAAGAAUGA